UUUGGAGCGCUGGGCUCAGGGGCUCCGUGCAUUGUAUUGCUGAAAAGCAUGGAUGGGGCGGACUCACCAGAGGUGGCAGCAACAGGCCAGUUCUACUCUUCAGCCUCUUUUUCCAAACCCAGCUUAGGCGGUGGUUUCCCACCGACUUUCUUUUGAUUGUGCACAAGCAAGCACAGGGGUGAAAGGUCACAAAAAUGGCGCUGGCCGUUCGUCUUUUACCCCGCCUGCUUUUUUGUGGGUCUCUGCCAGGCAGAGCCGCCAGACCCCGGAUCUCUCGAGCAGCCGAAGUGAGGCCGCCGUUGGCUGGAUUUUGCUGCAUCUGCCGCCGCCACCACCUCGGCUCAAGGACGGCCCCUUUUCUUUCAGUCACUUGGGUCUCGGCCAGUCCACUGCCUGCUCCGGGCCCCCAGCGUCCCCUGCUCAGCUCUCCGGGACUUGCCGCAGCCCUCCCGGUUUUUUCUGUCGGCUCUCGGCGCAGCUACAGCACUGAGGAGCAGCCCCAGCAACGCCAGAAAACCAAGAUGUUCAUUCUGGGCUUCUCCAACCCCAUCAACUGGAUUCGGACUCGAAUUUACGCCUUCCUUAUCUGGGCCUAUUUCGACAAAGAGUUCAACAUCACAGAAUUCUCAGAGGGAGCGAAGCAGGCUUUCGCACAUGUGUCCAAGUUGCUGUCAGAGUGUAAAUUUGAUUUGUUGGAAGAACUUGUAGCCAGAGAGGUGCUACAAGUAUUGAAAGAAAAGGUUACUUCUCUACCUGACAACCACAAAAAUGCCCUCGCUGCUGACAUAGAUGAAAUUGUGUACACGUCAACAGGAGACAUCUCCAUUUACUACGAUGACAAAGGCAGGAAGUUUGUUAGCAUCCUGAUGUGCUUUUGGUAUCUGACCAGUGCCAACAUCCCCAGUGAAACACUGAGUGGAGCCAGCGUGUUCCAGGUUAAGCUGGGCAAUCAGAACGUGGAAACCAAACAGCUUCUUAGUGCAAGCUAUGAAUUUCACCGGGAGUUUACACAAGGGGUAAAGCCUGACUGGACUAUUUCACGGAUUGAUCACUCCAAGUUACUAGAAUAAUCUUUUCUUGGAAAAAUCUGCUUAUUGGACUUUUAGCAGUUGCUGUGAGAAACUGAGGAAGAAAAUUUUUGGAUCAGUCGAUGUUCAGUUAGUCAGGCUUAUGGAUUACUUUUGUAUCAUUAUACUCCUGGUGGUGAACUGGCACGAUACAGUAAAGCGCUCUCACAGACUGCUGUCGCCUUCUGUGAAAGAGGUCCAAAUAAACUGCGGCAGCCCA